GUCCAGUGCUUGGGAUGAUCUAAACCGUUUAGCACAUUUUCCAUACAUUCGACCUCAGAGAGGGUUGUGUUCAGUCCGCUCCCAACAGAGUCUGAGUCCAAAGGAAAGUUUGAGGUUUUACAUUUCUGUUUGUGGUACAGGAAAAGGCUUAUGAUCUGAGGGCUUGAUUCAGUGAAAUAACAUUGCCUUCAUGAACAUUUGCUUCGCAAGAAAGGCAGGGGUUGGAAGCAACCGUUGUGAGACUUUAAAGAUUUGCUGGCAGAGGGAAAGGGAUUUUUUUCCCUCCCUCCCUGCCGGGGGGAAAACCAGUUCUAACGAGGAGCUACUUCGGAGUUUUAACUCCUAUUCAAAUAUUCCUUGCCCAGGAGCUGCCGGUGAUCCCCGGGACUUCUCAAUCUGGCUGGGGCUCUGAGGGGCUUUUUGGCUCAGCCCCAUCCUCAAAGCCCUGCACGGCAUGAGUUUGCAGAAGAGAAUCUUCCCUCGGAGGGAGAAUGGGACCCACGAGGUGGUGGCAAAGCCCAGUCCAGUCCCCACCCGCCAGCCAAAGGCCACAGAUCAGGAGAAGAAGAAGGGAAGCCUUACUUCCUCCCUGAGGAUGGAUCCGCACAGCCGUUCUGGAAAGAGCAGAAAGUCUACGAAACUCCGGUCCAUCUCGCGGUCCCUGAUGCUCUGUAAUGCUAAGACCAGUGACGAUGGCUCAAGCCCCGAUGAGAAAUACCCCGAUCCCUUUGAGACCUCCCUGGGCCAGAGCAAGGAGGGCAUUUUCCACUCGUCCGUGCAGUUGGCAGACACAUCAGAGGCUGGGCGCGGCAGCGUUCCUGAUCUAGCGCUGGCCUCUGAGGCCACUGGGAGUGAUCGAGGCAAGAGCAGUAGGAGGAUAUUUUUCAUGAAGGAGGCUGCUACAACUUCUUCUCGAGAAAAGUCUGGAAAAGCAGACACACAAAGUAGUCACUUCCUGCUUCCCAAAGCCCGUCACCAAAGGACGCGCAGCAACUCAACCAGUGUCAAUCCCUACUGCAUGGGAGAAAUCGAUUUCCCAAUGAUCAAAAAAUCUGCAGCUUGCACAGACAGGCAGCCCUAUUCCCUCUGCAGCAGCAGGAAGUCUCUUUCUCAGCAGCUGGACUGUCCAGCAGGAAGGGUUGCGGGCACCUCGAGACCGACGCGGUCGCUCAGCACAGCUCAGCUGGCGCAGCCCUCGGGGGGCCUCCAGGCUUCCGUCAUCUCCAACAUCGUGCUGAUGAAGGGCCAGGCCAAGGGCCUGGGCUUCAGCAUCGUUGGGGGAAGGGACAGCAUCUAUGGCCCUAUUGGAAUUUAUGUCAAAACCAUCUUUGCCGGGGGAGCAGCGGCGGCCGAUGGAAGGCUGCAAGAAGGGGAUGAAAUUCUGGAACUCAAUGGCGAAUCCAUGGCUGGACUCACACACCAGGACGCUUUGCAGAAGUUCAAGCAAGCCAAAAAAGGGCUCCUGACACUCACGGUGAGAACCCGCCUGACGACGCCCCCAUCCCUGAGCAGCCACCUGUCUCCGCCGCUGUGCCGUUCCCUGAGCUCCAGCACCUGUGCCGCCAAGGACAGCAGCCCGUUGGGCUUGGAAAGCCCCGCCACCCUCGCCACCCCUGCCAGCACAGCCAAGCCCAACUACAGAGUCAUGGUGGAGGUCUCUCUGCAGAAAGAGGCUGGCGUUGGCCUGGGAAUUGGCCUGUGCAGUGUACCCUACUUCCAGUGCAUUUCCGGCAUUUUUGUGCAUACGCUCUCUCCCGGAUCUGUGGCACAUCUGGAUGGACGGCUCCGGUGCGGUGAUGAGAUUGUGGAAAUCAAUGACUCCCCUGUGCACUGCAUGACGCUCAACGAAGUCUAUGCCAUCCUGAGCCACUGCAGUCCUGGGCCGGUCCCCAUCAUUGUCAGCCGACAUCCAGACCCGCAGGUCUCUGAACUGCAACUCAUAGAAGCUGUGGCCCAGGCUGUGGAGAAUGUCAAGUUUGGAAAGGAGAGGCAUCAGUGGAGUCUGGAAGGUGUCAAAAGGCUGGAGAGUAGCUGGCAUGGGCGGCCGACCCUGGAGAAGGAGAGAGAAAAGAACUCAGCACCCCCACAUCGCAGAGCUCAGAAGGUCAUGAUCCGCUCCAGCAGUGAUAGCAGCUACAUGUCGGGGUCCCCCGGGGGGAGUCCCAUUAGCGGCUGUGAACAGCUGACUUCGGACCCAGAGGUCCCCACCCACAGCCCCAGCCUGUCCCUGGGGCAGGAGCCAGGGGCCCUUCCCGUGGCUCUGUCUAGGCCGCCCCAGGAGAGCCCACCCCUCCCUGGGAUGCCGGACAGCCACCCACCGCUGAGACUGAAGAAAUCCUUUGAGAUUUUGGUGAGAAAACCCACGACCUCCAAACCCAAGCCUCCUCCCAGAAAAUAUUUUAAAAGCGACAGUGACCCUCAGAAGAGUCCGGAAGAGAGAGAGGACCCCCUGUGCCCUUCUGGGCACACCUUGCCCACGUGUGGCCAGGAAGCCAGAGAACGGCUGCCACCACCACCGCUGCCGCUGCCGCAGGAAGACACGGCAGGGAGAGCCCCCCACGCCCUUGCCUGCUGCCCAGGGCCCACCGUGGACCCACACACAGCGCCCUCCUCGGAGCCCGAGCCGGGACGGAGACGAGGCAGCCCAGGGACUCAAACGUCCCCAGUCAAACACCCGCUCCUUAAGAGGCAGGCUCGGAUGGACUAUAGCCUUGACAUCACAGCCGAAGACCCCUGGGUUAGAAUUUCCGACUGCAUCAAAAACCUGUUUAGCCCCAUCAUGAGUGAGAACCACAGCCACGUGUCGCUGCCGCCCAGCGUCGGCCUGGGUGGAGAAGACGGGCCGCGGGGCCACCCAGAUGGGACGCCGCCGAAGCUGGAUGCCACCAGCGGUGCUUCCAAAGCUUACAAGUCAGCGGACAGCAGCAGUGUGAAGAAGGGUCCUCCUGUGGCCCCCAAGCCAGCCUGGUUUCGCCAGAGCUUGAAAAGUUUGAGGACGCGUGCUGCGGAGCCCAGGCGGCUGCCUGACACGGCCUCGUCCUCCAAGCCCGCACCGGCUUCCAGGGAGCGCCCAGGGGCCCCCACUCGAGCCUUCUCGUCCUCCAUCAAACAGAGAAUCAGCUCCUUUGAAACCUUUGGCUCCGCGCAGCUGCCCAACAGGGGAGCCCAGAGACUGAGUCUCCAGGCUUCUAUGGGGGAGGCAGCACAAUCUCCAGGGGAGCAAGACGGAGGACAGGUUCCUGGCCUCUCGGGGCGAGGGCCCCCCCACACCGUGGAGCAGCAGCAGCCAGAGCCAGAGCCACUGCCGCGGGGCACCCUCACCUCCUCCAAGACCAGCGAGCUGGGAGUGUCGGGGUCCCCUCUCCCAGGACGGCAGUCCAGUCGGGAGACCCUCCUCCCCGACCCUGAUCCUCUCUCAAGGCUGCUGUCCACACACACAGAGGAAGCCCAGGGCCCCGUUGUCAAGAUGCCGAGCCAACGGGCGCGGAGCUUCCCCCUGUCCCGCACCCAGUCCUGGGAGAUGAAGCCACUGGAUGAGAAGGCCAGUAAGCUCUACUCCAUCAGCAGCCAAGUGUCAUCGGCUGUCAUGAAGUCCUUGCUGUGCCUCCCGUCAUCCAUGUCCUGGGGACAGACGCCCUGCAGCCCCAAAGAAGGGGGAUCUCCUGCAUCAUCUGCUGGUGACACCCCAGCCAUGAACCCCUCUGCAGAAACAGCCUUGGACACGGGCUUCUCACUCAACCUCUCAGAGCUGAGAGAGUACACAGAGGGGCUCGGUGAACCCACGGAAGCUGAUAGCUGGGACCACUGCUCCCCUCAGUCUGGCCAAUCAGUCAUCAAACUGCUGAGCUCCGAUGAAUUGAAGAAGCUCAUCGAGGAAGUGAAGGUUCUAGAUGAAGCAACGUUAAAGCAAUUGGACAGCAUCCACGUUACCAUCUUGCACAAGGAGGAAGGGGCUGGCCUUGGGUUCAGCCUGGCAGGAGGAGCCGAUCUAGAAAACAAGGUGAUCACGGUUCAUAGAGUGUUUCCCAACGGGCUGGCCUCCCAGGAGGGGACUAUUCAGAAGGGCAAUGAGGUUCUGUCCAUCAACGGCAAGUCCCUCAAAGGGGCCACACACAACGAUGCCCUGGCCAUCCUCCGCCAAGCUCGGGACCCCAGGCAAGCCGUGAUCGUCACGCGGAAGCCGGCUCUGGAGGCUGCGCCCGACCUGAACUCCUCCACGGACUCUACGGCCUCAGCCUCGGUGGCCAGCGAUGUUUCUGUAGAUCCCACAGAGGCCACGGUACACACGGUGACACUGGAGAAGACCUCUGCGGGCCUGGGCUUCAGCCUGGAAGGUGGGAAGGGCUCCUUGCUCGGGGACAAGCCUCUCACCAUUAACAGGAUUUUCAAAGGGGUCUUCUCCAGGCCGUUCAGAGACAGCGCACUGCGAAGGUUCACCAGCCCCCUUCCCACACUGCCCAAUGCCUGGCGAGCUCAUCAGAAGGGGCAGCCUCGGAGCAGAGUGAGACAAUCCAGCCAGGGGAUGAAAUCUUACACUUGGCCGGCACAGCCAUGCAGGGCCUCACGCGGUUUGAAGCCUGGAACAUCAUCAAGACGUUGCCCGAUGGACCCAUAAUGAUGGUCAUUAGGAGGAAGGGCCUCCAGUCCAAGGGGAUUACAGCCGCCGGAGACGCCUAGGUAGAGCACCGGUGCUGACGCCAAAGCCAGUAACAUAAAGCUCCUCACAACCGCUCAUUCUCAGGGUCGCUGCUCAUCCCCACCUGGAUGGGGGAAAGCAGAGGUGUGCUUCGUGGUGCCUGCUGCCCUGGUCCAAGCUUCCUGGGACACCACCCAGCAAGAGGGCGUCCCAAAACGAAGGGCAGAGUCAUGCCGGGGUGGCCGGUACAACGUACAGACUAUGCACAGAGAGCGUAGUCCUAAUACUGUGGUGCUGUAAAUAAAAUGGAUGUAUUACAGUUUCAUAUGAAA